AUGUCAAGCCAAGAGUCAGAAGCUGAAAAGAACAUUGAGAUUUGGAAAGUCAAAAAGUUGAUCAAAUCUUUGGAAAUGGCGAGAGGUAAUGGUACAUCGAUGAUUUCGUUAGUUAUACCACCAAAGGGCCAAAUAUCAUUAAUACAAAAGAUGUUGACUGAAGAGUACGGUACAGCCUCAAACAUCAAAUCUAGAGUUAAUAGACUAUCUGUGUUAUCGGCCAUUACAUCUACUCAACAAAAAUUGAAAUUAUAUAAUAGUGUACCUAGAAACGGGUUGGUGGUGUAUUGUGGUGAUGUCAUAACAGACGAGGGAAAGGAAAAGAAAUUGAAUAUCGAUUUUGAGCCAUUCAAGCCUAUAAAUACUUCCUUGUACCUUUGCGAUAACAAAUUCCACGUUGAGGCUUUAAAUGAGUUGUUGGAAAAUGACGAUCGGUUUGGGUUUAUUGUAAUGGAUGGUAAUGGUGCCUUGUUUGGUGCAGUGAGCGGUAAUACUAGAGAAGUAUUGCACAAGUUCACUGUAGAUUUACCAAAAAAGCACGGUAGAGGUGGUCAAUCCGCUGUACGUUUCUCGCGUUUGAGAGAAGAAAAGAGACACAAUUAUGUUCGUAAAGUUGCCGAAGUAGCGGUGCAAAAUUUCAUUACUGCUGACAAGGUCAAUGUCAAAGGUUUAAUUCUUGCCGGUUCUGCUGAUUUCAAAACUGAGUUGUCCAAGUCAGACUUGUUUGAUAAUAGGUUACAAGCUAAAGUUAUAAAAAUCGUUGAUAUUUCAUAUGGUGGUGAAAAUGGAUUCAACCAGGCUAUUGAAUUGUCGGCUGAAACUUUAGCAAACGUUAAAUUCGUCCAGGAGAAGAAAUUGUUAAAUGAGUAUUUCGAAGAAAUUUCUCAAGACUCUGGGAAAUACUGUUAUGGAAUUGAAGAUACAUUAAAGGCAUUGGAUUUAGGUGCUUGUGAAAGAGUAAUAGUUUAUGAAAACUUAAACAUUAUAAGGUACACUUUGAAAGAUAUUGAAGGUGAAGAAGUAAUAAAACAUGUUAACCCAGAGUUACCAGAUAAGUCAUGGCAAGAAGAUAAGAAAACAGGAACAGAUAUGGAGAUUUUGAAAGAGGAAUUGUUUUUGGAAUGGUUAGCUGAAAAUUACAAGAAUUUCGGUGCAGAAUUGGAUUUUGUCUCUGAUAGAUCUUCUGAAGGUGCUCAAUUUGUUCAAGGUUUUGGAGGUAUCGGUGCAGUAUUGAGAUACAAGGUUAAUUUUGAUCAAUUGGGUGAUGAAGAUGAAGAUGAAGACGAAUAUUACGAUGAUGAUGACGAUGACUUUAUUUAA